ACACUCCAUACAGAUAAACAGUAGUGACCUGUGUAUAAUCAACCUAGACCAGAUGUCGAGAGGCGACGAACGGUUGAAAAGACAACGAAUUUGUAAGACUUUCACUACACGCAGUGUCUCAGUAAGCUAACAGUUCGAAGCGUGUUAAUUAUUCAUACGAUUGGAACAGUGGACUCUUGUGGAGUCGAGCUGAGCGCAAAGUGCAUGUCAAGAUAAUCCACCGUCAAAAACAACAACUGCGUGGAGAAGUUGACGAGCAAGCGGUUGCAAUUCUUUGAUAUGGAAAUCCCAAUAAGGGAGACUGCUUUAGAUUAACGUAUUUACCCAUUCCUCCACCUGCCUAUCCCGGUGAACGCAGCCUUAGAAAAUGGACAACACUUGAAAGUUGAGUGAUCAUCUUCGGGCGCCCUCUCGUUCAGGUAUUGCGCGCGGUUUUUGAAGUCACCGCUGUGUUAUGAUCGUGUGUUUCUCGGGCCAAACAACAAGCUGGACCUUUGCAGUGUCUGUCGCGAAUUGGCUAUGCUAAUUGCUCUCGGAUUGUUCCCCAAGGGAUUUGCUUUUCGGCCUAAAAGGGCUGUCAGCCGAGAUCUUCCGAAGUCAAGGGUUGAAGAGUGACAUAAUCAAGCCCCUUCAUCACCAAGAAUCCAUUUGUUCGUGUCGUUGUGUUGUGUCAAUAGCCCUCCCAUCAGGUAUAUGAGUAUUUUUUACCGAGGCUUAGCAAUCUCAUUACGGCACAAAGGAGCAGGGGAUUAACUCAUUUGGAUUUCCGUGGCGGAGUUUGCGGCUCACAGGGGCGUGAGGAAAGGUAUUUUGUUGGCAUUCCUAUUUUGUUGGCAAUCUUCGCGGCGCGGAAAUCGGCUCGCACGUGGAUUGCGAUUGCUCGUCAGUGUAACGCCAUCAGAGCUGUAUUAGCAUUGGCCGAGGGAGGUGUGAAAAUCUCUUAACCGCGACCAUGUCUACAUGAUUGACAUUCCUAACAGUAGUACUUAGCGCUCGGUGGCGCGGGGUUUACCAGUGCAAGAGCGGCUCUCGGCACACUACCUCGCGAAGCCAAACAUGCGCUAUCUCAUUCUUCUCGUCUCCGUUAUUCCGCUCGCUCUUGCAGCUAACAGCCUUCGCUUCCAGGUCAAAGAAGAACAAGAUCCUGGUGCACUUGUUGGAGACGUUUCGCAGACUGAUAUUCCAAAAAGGCUGAGACUCUCAUUCGGAAAGAUUCGUUACCAAAUACAGGGUCCUGCGGAUGGAAUCUUUGAGAUAAACGCAGCCACUGGAGUUUUGCGGACAAAGAUUUUGCUAAACCGUGAAAAGCUACCUCCUUCAGCGCAAGGCGACAUCUUUCAAAUUCAAAUAAAGGUUACUACAGAUACUGGUGGAGUUUCAGCCACUAUACCAACCGAGGUGCGUGUUCUCGAUAUCAAUGACCAUUCACCUAAAUUCCCACAAGAUUUCGAAGAGCUACAGAUCUCGGAAUCUGCGCCAGAGAGGUCUAAAUUUCCCCUGCAGCGUGCGCUCGACGCUGAUAUUGGUAAUAAUUCAAUCCAGGAAUAUCGAAUUGUAAGGGGAAAUGAGGAUGGAUUAUUUAGUUUGAGUUUGAAGCGUUUUAGCCCAGAUAUGAUCUACGUGUAUUUGGUAAAUACAAAACGUUUGGAUCGCGAAACGAGGGAUUUCUAUCAAUUAGUGAUUGUAGCGGUUGACGGUGGGUUUCCACUUCCGAGGUCGGGCCGAAAAGAGGUUAACAUUACCAUCUUAGACUCUAACGAUCAUAGCCCCGAGUUUAGCAAGGAUUUUUACACGGCAAGCGUGCCUGAGAACGCACCGAACGGAACUUAUUUACUUCGUGUCACCGCUAUUGAUCAAGAUAUCGGCAAGAACGGAGAGAUUAUGUUUUAUCUGUAUGAGAGUCCGGAGCGCGGAUUAUUUCGGAUGGAUGAGUACACUGGCGAAAUUUGGACAAACGCUGUGUUGGAUUAUGAAGUGAAAAGCGAGUAUCGGUUGACUGUAGUGGCCCAGGACCAAGGUCCGGACAGCAUUCCCGUCCGAGCCCAAGUAACAAUCAAGGUCGAGGACAAGAACGAUAACGCCCCCACCAUACAGGUUAAACUACUACAAGUGCCCAACGCCGCUCGUCCCGGGCUGGUCCCGGAAGACAUCACGACCGGAAGUAACGUCGCGAUCGUGGAAGUGAGAGACAGGGACAGUUCAUUGACGGUGAACAGUGUCGUGGAUGUCACGCUGCUUCAUCACAAGCACGACUUUGCACUCAGGAGGAUCUUCAAUACAUUUUACAAUCUGGAGGUUCAGCGUCCUCUAAACCUGACGCGUCAAUCCAUCUACAAGAUCGAUUUCAUAGCGCGCGACCGAGGUGUCCCAACACUGGAGACAAACAACAGCCUCACCCUACACAUCGAGGACAAGAACAGACACACGCCGACUUACCCUACCCCCUCACGGGAUAUCACCAUCAUCGACAACACACAACCAGCUACAAUAGUGUCGGUGUUCAAGGCCGAGGACCCCGACACAGACCGCGAGGGGGAUUUAGACUACACCAUCACCAGCCUCGUUAUGGGCGAGAAGAACGUAACGGUGGAUGACCCAGGCAGAUACUUCAUGUACGGACAGAAGAGCGGGGAACUCGUGGUCAUUCCUAAGCUCUGGUGCGCAUUCACGCCAUCCUUUCGACUGACUCUCCAGGCCAAGGAUAACGGGAGGGAGCGAAAACACGGAGAGAUAACGCUACAUGUCAUCGUCAAGUGCGCGAAAUAUCAAUACAACUUCAGCAUUGUGGAGAAUAGCCCCGUGGGGACCAUAGUGGGUAGGAUUGGCGUCAAUACGCGGGCUCCUGGUAAGGUUGUGUCAUUUAGUGUGAUAACCACCGGACGGCAGGAUUUUAUGAUCAACAACGCGACAGGAGUUAUAAGGACCACUCGUCGGCUGGAUCGGGAGGCCGUCGCUGCGUAUGAUUUGGUCGUCUUGGUAACCGAUGGCGAUGUUGAAAUGCGUCUGGCGUCCAUUGUUAACGUUGUGGAUGUAAACGAUAACGCACCGGUGUUCAUUGGCUUAAAUGAUAAUGACGUCAUGGAGGUGCCCUCCAAUGCGAAGCGAGGAGACGAAGUCGUGACAAUACGAGCCACAGACCCCGAUUCGGGUCUAAAUGGAAAGAUACAGUACUCAUUAAUCGCGGGCAAUGAUGACAAGACGUUCAUCCUAGACAAAGACCGCGGAGAGCUCGUUGUCUUUAAUUACAUGUUCCAGUCUUCCUAUGUCCUCACCAUCAAAGCCUCGGAUUCUGGUAACCCGCCUUCGGAAUCAUUGGUGAGGAUUCGGAUCAGAGUUGUGCCGCCGGAAGUGCUCGAAGGGACGACGAAGAUGUCGACGGAAGUUCCCGUGUAUGAUACUCGUGCUUCCGAAAAGGGAUUCCUCGAGUCAACUACCAUGCUUAUUGUCGUCGUGUUGUGUUCGGUGUUCGGGUUGUUAAUAUUUUGCGGGGUAGCUUUUAUACUGUAUCGCUGUCACCGUAAGAGAUCGCAAAGCGUGAAGACACCACAGCGUAAAUCCACACUUCCGGUCGCACCCAGGGAAAGCUACACAGAGCCGGAAAUCAGCCGCGAAGCAGCGAUCAAAGCUUCGAAAAAGAUGUACAGCCAAGCGACUAUUAAUAUGUAUCCUUCGAACGAAAUGCUGGAUACUGUGGGUAGGGGGAAGACUAGCCAAGGCCAAGGGCAGGCCCCGCCUUUACCAAGUAAGGCAUGCUUACAGAUGAACUCGCCGGCUAGCACGAUACACCGGCACCACGCCCUCCCUCAGUACGGGGAGAUUUACCCCCAAGGGACACGCCCUUCGUCGGAGGGGUUCAGUAGCGGGGAUGAGUUAGACUCUGGUAAGGGGGACAGCUCGAUUGCGUCCAGUCCCUAUACAUCUCAUACUCUAGGUCGGAGGUAUAACGAUCACAAUAACCACAGCCAUACCGCGUUUAACCCGCAUCACACCAUGAACCAUACCCAGAAUCCAACGCGGCACAACAAGUACCCUGUGGUUACCAUACCAACGAGAGGGGAGAAGAAAAAGACGAUUGUGUCGAUUGCGAACACGCCGCUUGCACACGCGGCCACGGACUUGUAACACAAGGCUGUGUCACGCAGUGUUCGAGAAGUCGUUGUGCAAACACUGCAAAACGUCGUGCGAUCGAUAAACAUUGCUGUCACGACUGAACGUCAUUCAUCUUGUCACGCAAAAUCGUCUCGCUACCACCCAAUCACAAAACGCUUGGUGCGAUUUCUAUCACCCUCUUUUUACUUGUCACGCAAUCGUCAUUGAACACUCGCCUGUGACACCGUCACGCAUUCAAAAGAGAACGAGUCGAGUCACUUGAGAUUAAAACUCUUAUUAUAAUAUAGCAAAGGUACUGAAUUAUAGCGUAAAAGGAUUUAAAGUAAUUGUAUCAGGAAAAUCUAUAAUCGUUGGGUUACUUACUGGUAACGCCAUAUCCGGUUGGCUGGACCAAUAGAGUACUCUUAUUUCUUUUGCGUUUUUUUUCUCCAAACUUUUGUGGAAUAAUCCAGCUAAUCCACGAGGGACCAAGGCGUCUGAAGAGACACAUGAAUAAUUUACCCUUUUUUUUCAUUUCCAAUUCUAGUGAAAGAGCUGAUGAAAACUCAACAGCAAUUACGAUUGUUAAGGCAAUUCUGUUGGUCCAUUCUUCUUUCAGUCAUUAUAAGUCCGGUGAGGUAUUGCAAAGUGACAAGAUUUAGCAAAUGGAAUGUUUUUCCCUUCGUACGAUUCGCGAGACAUACUAUUUGCAUGGCUGGUGCUACAUAAGGCUCUAGUCGACUGCUUUUAAAAUAAUGAUGGGAUCCAUUAACGUGUUGCUAUCGUCUUAUUCUUGUAGGAGAACGAUAUCAUGUCUUCACCAUUUUUUUCUUUUAAGACGUACUUUUUGUUAUUUUCAGUAUCUUUGCUAAAGUAUAUAAAGUCAGUAGUGAUUUAAUAAGUUGAAAAAACCUUUUUGGUUUUAACAAAAAGUUUAAAAAGACCACUCUAAGAAUAUGAGUUUUAACUGGAUAAUCAUUUAAGAUACGGUUCAAAUUAUUUAAUAGAUUUUCAAGGAAUAAAAUAUACAUUUUAUAUUGAUUUAUUAUUAUAGUCAUCUGUAUUAAAAUAGGCCUCGCAUUACAGCGUUGUACAUAUAAUAAAUAUUGUGAUUUAUCUCAAUAAAUUUUAUGACCCAAA